AAUCACUGGUUCACCUACAACGAAACCAUGACGGUGGAGAGCGUGACGCAGGCCGUGUCCAACCUGGCGCUGCAGUUUGGGGAGGAGGACGCGGACCCGGGGGCGAUGUCUCGUCCGUUUGGCGUCGCGCUGCUUUUUGGAGGAGUGGAUGAGAAGGGACCCCAGCUGUUUCACAUGGACCCCUCGGGGACGUUCGUUCAGUGCGAUGCCAGAGCGAUCGGCUCCGCCUCGGAAGGCGCCCAGAGCUCCCUGCAGGAGGUUUACCAUAAGUCGAUGACGCUGAAAGAAGCCAUCAAGUCUUCCCUCGUCAUCCUGAAGCAAGUUAUGGAGGAGAAGCUGAACGCCACCAACAUCGAGGUAACCGGUGGCUGGUCGG